AUGAAACCAAUAUUUUGCGUGGAGCACACUAACAUCCACCACAACAACACUAUACCAAUUCAAAGCGAACACACUCGACCAAAGGAAAAUAUAGAUAGAGAAGAAAAACCCCUAACGAGACCUCCCGACCUCAUUCCUUUCCUCGCAUUUGGCAGGCGACGAGAAGUUUUAAAACAAAGCCUAAAUGGAACUAGGGCAGCUACAGCCGAAACUCAUUAUCUAAUUCAACGCAUGCAAAUA